UCGCAGAUGCAACAUUGCUGCCCAAACAAACAAACAAACAGUGGAAGCAAAGAUUGCUUGAUAUUUGUAUUUUAAUCCCAGCUGUUUUGUAAAUUGGGAAGUAAUUUUCCUUGUUUAACGUUUCACCUUCUUCCCGUUGCGACUUCCUGACCUGAGCUAUCCUAUCGAUUGCAGUGUAAAUUAUAGUUAAUUCAAAUUGGCAAACAAAAUAAUUUCCAAACCGUGUAGCGUUCGGAAGAUAAAACGGUUCAAUCAUGCCAUUAACAGCAGAACAAGCGAUGUUGCAAGUGCAGGAAAGGCUAAAGACUCUGAAAACACUCGUGUGCGAAAUAGAAACCGAGCGGAAGCGCAACGAAACGAACAUCAACAACGUGAUACGCUUGACCAAGAUGGCAAGCGAAGACAAAUCGCCGGCUCUUAACCACAAGCUAAAGACGCUGUACAAAGUAGGCCUGCAGGAUGCGGUACAGGAGGAGGCACUGAUCCGCCAGGCACUGUCCAAGAUUCAGGACAUUCGUAACAUACGCAACGAGCGUAGAAUACAGGCGCGCAAUGCGGGCAACAAAGAGACGAUUCGAAGAGGCGCACUGAUGAAGAUGCUACAGAUUUCGGCCCAAACGUUGCCACUGUUUGUCAGCAAGCCGGGAGAAAAGAUACCCCACCUUUGUGGAUCCAUCUCCGCGGACAGCAGUUACAUUGCCAAGCCUGGCGACAUGGUGGCUGCCUUGGUAAAGAGUGAGGAGGGUGAGGAGAACUGGAUUCUGGCCGAGGUGGUACAGUACGUGUCGUCCACCAGCAAGUACGAGGUGGAUGAUAUUGACGAGGAGCAGAAAGAUCGGCACGUGUUGAGUCGCCGCCGGAUCGUCCCGCUCCCGCUAAUGCGUGCCAAUCCCGAGACGGACGGGCAGGCAUUGUUUCCCAAGGGCACAACCGUAAUGGCACUUUACCCACAGACCACUUGCUUCUACAAGGCGAUUAUCAACCAGCUACCGCAGACGGCAAAUGAAGAGUACGAAGUGCUGUUCGAAGAUCCGACAUACCCGGACGGAUACUCGCCGCCGCUGUUCGUUGCGCAGCGGUAUGUGAUUGCGAUUAAGCAGAACAAAAAGGCGACCUCUUGACAACCGCAACCGCACCGGCCCGUCCACCAUUCUCAAGGAACAACGAACGGCUUAAGCACUGCUUCCGGUUCAAACCCAGCUUUCGGAAACGGUCCCAUCGUCGUGACCGGCUGCAGUUCCGGAGUGGGAAACGCUGCAAGUGCUUCUAAUACAACGAUCACCGUUACCGUUCAUGCGAGGCAGCAGGAACCAACUGCGGGAAGCGUGUACGACGAAGAAGCAUUUUGAACCUCACCGCCAUUAACUCACGGCUUAACAAACGAUAACUUAAAUAAAACACAUGAUAAUAUGUUAGCAGUAAGGUGAACAACUAU